AUACACUUUUUGCCCCACUAUAUUUUCGUUUUUCACUAUUGAGCUUCAGUUGUGCUCUGUGGAAAACACAUACUCUCUCACAGGGAUGCCCUCAUAGGGCAAAAGGGGAAAAGAGGAGUCUUUCAAACUCCCCACUAGUCCAAGGAACCAAACGGUGGGCGAUUGCGAGGCUUUUCUUUGGCUGAGAGUGGUUUUGUGCUGUGCUUGGGUGGUGGGAAAAAGGUUGCAUGGAUUUCUGGAUAUAAGUGUUCAUGGUAGAAAUAAUGCAGCUUUAGCCUUGAUCCUUGUGACCACUAGUUUGUUUUGUUGCUAAUCCAUAUGCAUGAGAGACAAACUUGAAUUAGAAAGAAGUGUUUUUUCGGUUAGUCAUGGAGCCAUUGUGGAAGCUUUUAUAUUUGUUGGAACCUGCACCUGUUACUCUUGUAUUGACAGCAGUGGCUGUGACAUUUGGUUCUGCACUUCGAGCUUUAAACUAUGGGAAAGAAAUGGAGCGAAACCGUGACUUAUCAGAAGCAUCUAUUACUUUAGAUAGGUCCCAAGCUCUGAUGAUCCCGAUAAUGAGCUCUUGCAGUUUGCUCUUGAUGUUCUACUUGUUCUCUUCUGUAUCUCAACUCCUCACUGCAUUCACUGCUGUUGCCUCUGCUUCAUCCCUUUUCUUUUGCCUAUCUCCUUACGUCAUGUAUUUGAAGUCGCAACUUGGGUUGCCGGACCCAUUUGUGUCACGCUGCUGUUCGAAGUCUUUUACUCGCAUACAAGGGCUCCUAUUGCUGUUAUGCUCUGGAAUAGUUGCAGCUUGGCUCGUGUCUGGGCAUUGGAUAUUGAACAACUUGUUGGGAAUUUCUAUAUGUAUUGCAUUUGUGAGCCAUGUCCGCCUUCAGAACAUCAAAAUAUGUGCCAUGCUACUUGCUUGUCUGUUCGUAUAUGACAUCUUCUGGGUUUUCUUUUCUGAAAGAUUUUUUGGGGCAAAUGUUAUGGUGUCGGUAGCCACACAACAAGCAUCCAAUCCUGUGCACACGGUAGCUAACAGUUUGAGUCUCCCUGGGUUGCAAUUGAUCACAAAGAAGCUGGAGUUGCCGGUGAAGAUCGUUUUUCCUAGGAACUUGUUUGGAGGAGUUGUUCCUGGCGGUAAUUCUGCGGACUUCAUGAUGCUUGGUCUUGGUGACAUGGCUAUUCCUGCCAUGCUUUUGGCUUUAGUUCUCUGUUUUGAUCAUAGAAAAAGCAGGGAUUCAGUAAGUCCCUUAGAUAUACCUUCAGCUAAAGGGCACAAAUAUAUAUGGUAUGCCCUUUCGGGAUAUGCAAUUGGACUUGUAACUGCUUUGGCAGCUGGUGUUUUGACUCACUCACCUCAACCUGCACUUCUUUAUCUGGUGCCUGCUACAUUGGGACCCAUCAUAUUCGUAUCUUGGAUAAGGAAGGAGCUAGCAGAAUUAUGGGAAGGGACUAUGCCAGACCAGAAUGAUAAAGCUCAUUUAACAGAAGUUUAAAACACUGACAUAUAUUAGUGUUGGAGGAGCCAAUUGAAAUGUGUAAAUUCACCUGGCUAUCCUUAGAUGGAAACACCUCAAACAGAAUGAACCAUUUUCUUAUUUAUUUUUAUGGUAUGACUUUGGUAUCAAGCACUUACGGUUCAAAAAUGAGUUAAACUAUCUUUCCUUUGAAAUGAAACAUAAGGCAGUGAUGACAGAAAAAUAAUUCUGCAA